AUGGCAGACACCUACAUGAUGCUGCUUGAAGUGGAAGAUAGUGCCUGCCCGGAUCCGCCAAUUCGAAGGGAAUGGAGAUCUCUCGGCGCUGCAGAGAAGCAAGCCUACAUUAGUGCUGUCAAAUGUCUUUCCGAUAAGCCGUCCAAAUUUGACAACAGCACUUCUCGGUUUGACGACUUUGCGCUGGCUCACAUAUCGGAAGGAUUGGAUAUACACUAUGCAGCGGCAUUUCUGCCGUGGCAUCGACACUUUAUCCACACAUUUGAAGAAGCUCUCAGGGCAGAAUGCCUCUACACUGGCUCACUUGCCUAUUGGGAUUGGUCAUUGGAUGCCGCAGAUCUUGCCCAAUCUCCUAUCUGGAGCACAUCCGGAUUCGGCUCCGACGGAACUUCGACUGGCGAGCGAGGAGUCGGAAACGGCCACUGCGUGACUGACGGGCCGUUUGCCAACUCGACUCGUAACUGGCAAGCAGAAGAAAUAGGAAGCCAAUUCAAAAUAUCGCGCAACCCACACUGUCUCAGCCGGGGGUUUCAGAUUGGUGAUGCAAAGAAGAAGCUUCAGGCGAGAGUAACACCGGAAAGUAUCAAAAGUAUACUGGAACAAGAUUCCUACGCCGAAUUCUUCAAGGAAUUAGAGGACCAUGCGCACAACGCGAUCCCGCAAUUUAUAAGAGGUGACUUUCUGUUGCAGACAGCACCAAAUGGUAUGCAGCAAAUUCAUCUGUAUCUUAUCUCGUGA